AACAUCUCAGACAUUGGAGCACAGCACUUAGCUGAAGCCAUCAACAACAACAGCUGUCAGCUACGCACGUUAAACCUCACAGCAAAUAACAUCUCAGACAUUGGAACACAGCACUUGUCUGACGCCAUCGACAACAACAACUGUCAGCUACACACGUUAAACCUCACAAACAAUAACAUCUCAGACAUUGGAGCACAGCACCUAGCUGAAGCCAUCAACAACAACAACUGUCAGCUACGCACGUUACACCUCUCAGUAAAUAACAUCUCAGACAUUGGAGCACAGUACUUAGCUGAAGCCAUCAACAACAACAACAGUCAGCUACGCACGUUAGACCUCUCAGCAAAUAACAUCUCAGACAUUGGAGCACAGCACUUAGCUGAAGCCAUCAACAACAACAACUGUCAGCUACGCACGUUAGACCUCUCAAGCAAUCAACUCAUAAAAAAUGCAGGUAAGCAAAAGGCACGUAAUUUACCUAGCAAAAGUCGGUGUAAGCUAAUUAUUUAGGCCUCAGCAAUUCCAAUUAAAAACGAAAAAGAAAUUAUUUGAACCACUUAGUAUUCAAAAUAACUGCGAGGUGACCAGCUCAGUGACAAAAACGUGCAUGAAGGAAGUGUUCAGAGCAGCGAGAUUAUUUGAACCGGAUCGAAAUGAAGAAAAACGAACCAA